AUGUCACAGAUGGAGUUUAGAUCCUUAAGUCACCACUUGGAGAAGAAUGGCCCAGAAAAGCCAGCCAGCCAGCCAACCCUGGAUGUGAGAUGUGAGGACAGAGAAUGUGGCCCAGAUUCAACAUUCUUGGUGUUGCAGGUGGCCGUUCCCAUUCCUGGCCGUUCCUGGUGGGCCGUUCCCACCAGGACUGAUGGUCCUGGGUUACUAAGUCAGACAGGAUCUCGAGUUUUAGGUGGUUUCACGCAUGCAUCAUAUUCAGGACCCAAAUCUAGAGAACCAGAAAAUUUGGCUUAUUUUCCAACUCGAGGAAGCAUAGGCCAUGAACCCACAGAGGGACAGUUCACAGUGCCCUGGGUGAAAGAUGCUGGGCCGUCAGUCCCUGGAGAGUGGUUCUCUUGCUCAACCAUCCAGCCCUCUACAAAUGGGUUUAUGCCUACAAGGAAGGCUGUUUGCUACCCAGAAGAAACUCGUGGCCUAAGGGGUGCAUUAGAAAAGAGGCUCGGCAAAGGAGAUCCUAAGAAGCCUAGAGGCAAAAUGUCAUCAUAUGCAUUUUUUGUGCAAACUUGCUGGGAGGAGCACAAGAAGAAGCACCCAGAUGCUUCAGUCAACUUCUCAGAGUUUUCUAAUGCUCAGAGAUGGAAGACUAUGUCUGCUAAAGAGAAAGGAAAAUCUGAAGACACAGCAAAGGCAGACCAGGCCCCUUAUGAAAGAGAAAUGAAAAUCUAUAUCCCUCCUAAAGGGGAAACAAACAGGAAGUUCAAGGAUCCCAAUGCACCCAAGAGGCCUCUGUCCGCCUUCUUCUUGUUCUGUUCUGAGUAUCACCCCAAAAUCAAGGGAGGACACCCUGGCCUAUCCAUUGGUGAUGCUGCCAAGAAACGGAGCGAGAUGUGGAAUCACAUGGCUGCAGAUAACAAGCAGACUUACGAAAAGAAAGCUGCCCCCCACCCACUGAAGGAAAAAUACGAAAAGGAUAUUGCUGCCUACCGAGCUAAAGGAAAACCUGAUGCAGCAAAAAAGGGAGUUGUCAAGGCUGAAAAAAGCAAGAAACAGAAGGAAGAGGAGGAAGAUGAGGAGGAAGAUGAUGAAGAGGAUGAUGAUGAUGAAUAA